CGACACUUGUGCGGCAGCGGCGGCGGUCACUCGGCGCUCCUUCGCGACGGUUCGGCCUGGUGCCGCGAGCGGCCGUUGCCAGGGUGGGGGGUCGCUUUGCGGCAUGGCGAUGGCGGAGGGCGAGCGGACUGAGUGUGCUGAGCACCCCCGGGACGAACCCCCGGCCGAUGGCACUCUGAAGCGGGCAGAGGAGCUCAAGACACAGGCCAACGACUACUUCAAAGCCAAGGACUACGAGAACGCCAUCAAGUUCUACAGUCAGGCCAUCGACUUGAACCCCAACAAUGCCAUCUACUAUGGCAACCGCAGCCUGGCCUACCUGCGCACCGAGUGCUACGGCUAUGCGCUGGGCGAUGCCACGCGGGCCAUCGAGCUUGACAAGAAGUACAUCAAAGGCUACUACCGCCGGGCGGCCAGCAACAUGGCACUGGGCAAGUUCCGAGCUGCCCUACGUGACUACGAGACGGUGGUGAAGGUGAAGCCCAAUGACAAGGAUGCCAAGAUGAAGUACCAGGAGUGCAGCAAGAUCGUGAAGCAGAAGGCCUUUGAGCGGGCCAUUGCAGGCGACGAGCACAGGCGAUCUGUCGUGGACUCUCUGGACAUCGAAAGCAUGACCAUUGAAGAUGAAUACAGCGGGCCCAAGCUUGAGGACGGCAAAGUGACAAUCACUUUCAUGAAAGAGCUCAUGCAGUGGUACAAGGAGCAGAAGAAACUGCACCGGAAAUGUGCCUACCAGAUCCUAGUGCAGGUGAAAGAGGUCCUCUGCAAGCUGAGCACUCUGGUGGAGACAACGCUCAAAGAGACAGAGAAGAUUACAGUGUGCGGAGACACCCACGGCCAGUUCUAUGACCUCCUCAACAUAUUUGAGCUCAACGGUUUACCCUCAGAGACCAACCCCUAUAUCUUUAAUGGCGACUUUGUGGACCGCGGCUCCUUCUCUGUUGAAGUCAUCCUCACCCUCUUCGGCUUUAAGCUCCUGUACCCAGAUCAUUUUCAUCUUCUUCGAGGCAACCACGAGACGGACAACAUGAACCAGAUCUACGGGUUCGAGGGCGAGGUGAAGGCCAAGUACACGGCCCAGAUGUAUGAGCUUUUCAGUGAGGUGUUCGAGUGGCUCCCGCUGGCCCAGUGCAUCAACGGCAAAGUGCUGAUCAUGCAUGGAGGCCUGUUCAGUGAGGAUGGUGUCACCCUGGAUGAUAUCCGGAAGAUUGAGCGGAAUCGGCAGCCGCCAGACUCAGGCCCCAUGUGUGACCUGUUGUGGUCAGAUCCCCAGCCACAGAACGGGCGCUCUGUCAGCAAGCGCGGCGUGAGCUGCCAGUUCGGGCCUGACGUCACCAAGGCCUUCCUGGAGGAGAACCAGCUGGACUACAUCAUCCGCAGCCACGAGGUCAAGUCCGAGGGCUACGAGGUGGCCCAUGGUGGCCGCUGUGUCACCGUCUUCUCUGCCCCCAACUAUUGUGACCAGAUGGGAAACAAAGCCUCCUACAUCCACCUCCAGGGCUCGGACCUGCGGCCCCAGUUCCACCAAUUCACAGCAGUGCCUCACCCCAACGUCAAGCCCAUGGCGUAUGCCAACACGCUGCUGCAGCUGGGAAUGAUGUGAGGCUGUCCACAGCAGCGGCCAGCCAGGGCCUGCCCGGCGGGACGCCCCGCCCUCGGCCUGCUGCCCCGCCCCAGGCGGCGUCGGACCCCCGUUUACUUUGUAAAGUUUGUAUUUAUUCCCCUUAGGUUGCAGAGGGGUGGGGGCAGCGCGGGGCAGCCGAGGACAGGCUCCUGGUCCGAGGAAGGAGGAGUUGACUGGGUAGGGCACAGCCUGGGCAUUCGGAGGAGGGCCGACCUGGGUGGGGGUGGGGCCAAGAGGGGGUCCUGCCCCUCAUCUGCAUGGCUCCUCCCCUGGUAAAGCAAUAGGGCUCUACCAUAGGAAGACCCCAAAGAGGGUCAUCAGGGAGGGCUCCUCCUGGUAGCCUCAGGAUGGGGCGAGGCUGGGGCCCACCCCCAGCUGUUUUAUGUUCUGUAAUUAAAUGUUAAAAUAAAAUAAAGUCAUUAUUGUAAGUCAAA